AUGGAGUUGAAGAGAAUCGAGAACAAGAUCAACAGAUGCCGAGCUUGCUCUCAUCAUCUUCUCCACUACAGGAAAGUUGUACAAGUUUUGCAGCACUUCAAGGAGUUAAGCAGUCAACAAGAAUAUUUGAAGCUGAAAGCACGGUAUGAAGCUCUACAACGUUUUCAAAGGAACCUUAUGGGAGAAGAUCUUGGCCCUCUAAGCAGCAAUGAGCUUGAAUCACUUGAAAGGCAGCUAGAUUCGUCUUUGAAGCAAAUCAGAUCAACAAGGACCCAAUUCAUGCUGGAUCAGCUUUCUGAUAGUCAGCGCAAGGAACACUUGCUAGGUGAGGCAAACACAGCUCUCAGACAAAGGUGGGAAGAGUAUCAAAUAAAUCAAUUUCAACUGAAUCCCAGUGGUGAAGAUAUACACUACACUGCAGCUGAGAGUUAGAGAGAAGGCAGAGCGAAGCUUCUGCUAGGGUUCCUCACUCACACACGCACAGGCCAGACAGAGGGAUGAGCACACUCACUGGAAGAAUGAAGAACAAGGUAGAGAGAAAACGGAGGCACACACAAGGUACUGAAAUUUUGAAACUUUCUCAUUAACUUGAUGCUGUGAGUCUUACAGCUGUUUAUAUGAAUGAAUAGACUGAAUCUGUUUUCUUUUUGUUUACAUCAACAAGAUCAAAUUUUAAUUUAUCAAUUAUGCGGGCAUGCACAUACAGAAGUUGAGAGAGUUAGGGAGAGAGAGAGAUGGGAAGGGGAAGAGUGGUGAAGAGAAUUGAGAACAAGAUAACAGGCCAGUGACCUUUGCAAAACGAAGAAACGAGCUUUUAAAGAAAGCUUAUGAGCUUUCCGUUCUUUGCAAAAUCUAAUACGUGAAGACGAAAUUCACGUAGAACAAAAAAUAAAUAAUAAUGAUUUGGUUGAAUAUAUUCAGACUGGAAAAUAGUUUCUUUGAAGGGCAUUAGUUGACACAUCAUGCAUCAGGAAGAAGAAAAAAAGCAUCUGAACCAAACUUAAAUUAACUAUCUCUUUUUUCUCUUUUCCAUUUUUUCCUUCUUCUGCAUCGAUCUGUUACCUGCCAGCUGCAUAUAUACCAUAUACUGGAAACCCUUCAUAUUGUUCAUUACGAAAAUCACUCAUUAUUAGUUAUCAAAUUAAUGCUAUCUCCAACCCUUUUUCCUUUUUAUAGAUACUGCUAGUCACAUGAUACAUUUAAAGUAUUUACGUCGUUAUCUGUUUUCUACCUUAUUUGUUUUUUUAUUUUUUUAUAGUGCCCUGUAAUACUUCAUAAAGAACAUGUAAUUACAGUCUCUCCCAGUCCUUUUCCCUUUUCUCCAUUUAUUUAAUUAACAUCACCCUCGUACUCACAGAUUCCUACCACAUUUUCAUAAUUAAUGCCAUUUUUAUUCAAAGCCAUUAGGCUUUUCUACUACUAAUUCUGGAUUAAUUAGUAUUUCAUUUCCAUGCAUACAUUUUUUUUUAAAAUCUAAAUAAUGAUGAUAAUAUUC